AUGGAGUGCUGCCGCAUCGAAGGGAACAUCCGAGACGCAGUGCGCUGGGAUCAGCCCCCUCCCUGCAGGUGGUCCUUGCUGUGCACGGAUGCACUGCAAUCAACGAGAAUGCAGCGCGAAGAACCGAUUUACCUGCACUGUCCUUUUGCCUCGCACCUCUGCCGCCACCUCAGAACUUGGACGGUGGAUGGCGAACAGGUAUGGAUUUACUAUUCUGAAAGCCAAUUCUUCCAUGUGGCCAUUCGCAAGAUACGGCCGGACGUGCAUGUGUGCUUCGACAUGACCCUCGACAGCCCGCACAAGAAGCUCUCAGUACGAUACGCCUUAUCCGGUAAAAUGAUUUUGGAGCUCCGAGAAUUGACGCAAAAUCGCAUUUCUUUGGGCAGCGUGCAAUCGAUGCUCCGCUGGCACUUGGGCCUCACGCAGCAGCAAAACAUCGUGUCCCACGAGCAACCUCCGGUGGUUUUUGACACUUCGGAGGCCGAGUCGCAGCAAAGCGAGACCUUAGCUGCAGACGAUUCCGACACGGAGCCGGUCCUCUCCGACAUCUGA